AUGCGCGCGCCAGCGGGUGCGACACUGGUAGAAGCGGUCGCGACAGCAGGAGGGGCGGCGGCGUCGCCUGCUGACCUGUCAAUUAAGAACGGGGUCACGGGAGUCACGGACACCCUACUGGCAGCCGACGGGUCCCGCUUUUUACGGCUGACUUCCGCUUUUUCCGCGUCGCCUAGUAGCAACGACACUUCUGAUGGUAGCAAUAGCAGUAGUAAUGAUAGUACUAGUAGCAGCGCGUUUGGCGGCCCAGGCGUGGCGCAAGCGCUGUGCGAACUCAAACCCGCGGCGCCGACCAGCAACGAGUCGCAGCAGGCGCAGCAGCAGCAGUCCCCGCGCCAGCUGUCGCUCUCGUUCUUUGCGCGCGCCAGCCUGUGCGUGGAGGGGGAGGGGGCCGGGGAAGGGGAGGCAGUGCGGCUGUUGAAGGUGCUGCUGCUGGUAGUUCCGCUGAACGCUUCUGCCGCAGCAGCAGGGGGAGGGGGAGCAGCUGGAGGAGAGGCGGGGGAGCAGGUGUGGGGGGAGUGGCGGGUGGGUGUGCCGUCAGUAGCAGCAGCAGCAGCAGCAGCAGCAGCAGCAGCAGCAGCAGCAGCAGCAGCAGCAGCAGCAGCAGCAGCAGCAGCAGCAGCAGCAGCAGCAGCAGCAGCAGCAGCAGCAGCAGCAGCAGCAGCAGCAGCAGCAGCAGCAGCAGCAGCAGCAGCAGCAACAGCAGCACUGCCACCGUCGCCACCUCCAGCCGUACUGCCGACGCCACUAGCAGCGUAUUUCCCAGCAGCAGCAGUGACAGUGGUAGCAUCGGCGCCAGCAGCACCAGCACAACCAGCAGCAGCAGCGGCAGCGGCGGCGGCGGCGGCAGCAGCAGCAGCAGCAGCAGCAGCAGGGCCGUUGCGGGUCUGGGGGCCACAACAGUUCCGGAGCUCUGGGCUGAAGAGAGCAGCAGAUGCAGGGGCAGCAGCAGCAGUAGCAGCAGCAGCGGCGGCAGCAGCAGCAGCGCCCGCAGUGCAAGCAGCUGGUGCGGAGACUGUAUCUCACAAUGCGGCAGCGGAGGAGGGGGUGGGGGAAUCACGGGUUGCAGCAGCGCGGACAGUGCAAGCAGCUAGUUUCGUAGCCCACGCUGCGGCAGCGGCAGCGGAGGGUGUGGGAACAAGACCGGGAGCAGCCGAAUUCGCUGUUGCUGCGACCGACCCCUUCCCUCUCAAGUACUUCUCCCACUCCCUCCCGCCCCCCCUCCCCUCCUUCCCCUCCCCCACGCCUUCCCCACUUCCCUGCCCUGCAGCCGACCCCUCCCCUCUCAAGUCCUUCUCCCACUGGCCGCUCUCCAGCGCCCACCCGCUCCUCACAGCCGGCUCAACCCGUCGCAACCGCUCCUCCCUCUCCCUCACCACGCUCUCCGACCUCAACGCUGCCGCCCUGGCGCUGCACCCCACCCCCUUCGCCCUGCUCGCCCCCGCCACGCCCUCCUCCCCCUGCCGCCCCUUCUCCUUCUCCACCUCCUUCACCUUCCGCAUCUCCUCCCCCAAUGCCGCCGGGCUGGGCGGCGAGGGCUUGGCGUUUGUGAUGCUGCCGACGCCCACUCUUGGCUUGCCGGGGCCCUCCCUGGGGUACGGCCGACUGCUGCUGCCCCCGGGGAGCACGACUGGUGCUGAUGACUCACAGCUACAGCAGCAGCGGAGCCUGGCAGUGGAGUUUGACACGGCCUCUUCCCCCGAGUUUUGGGACCGCCCCGACCACCACGUGGGGGUGAACCUGCAUGGCAGCAUGCUCUCUCUCGCCUCUGCCGCCGUGCACCCCCUCGGCAUUCCCUCCCUCAACGCCGGUCAAACCCUCCUCGCCACCAUCCACUACAACGCCUCCUCCUCCCACCUCACCUGGCUGGGGGGGAACGACCCGGAGGCGGCAGUGCCCCCCCCGCCGCUGUUUGUGGGAUUCACAGCGGCCACGGGCAAGGGGGCGGAGCAGGCUCAGGCACACGAGGUGCUGGGGUGGACGUUCCAAGUCGGGGAGGCGGAGGAUCCGCUUCCGUUUUGGGCGGCAGACUCGUUCUCCUUCCCCUACAUCACGCCAGCCACUCCCCUGCUGACACGUGGCAGCACACGGAAGCGUUUCUUCGCCGCCGAUCUCUCCGUCGCUGCUGACCUGUUCGUUGGGUUCACCCCCCCCCCUGGCCGCGUGCCUUCCCCCGUUGCCCUCUCCUCCUGGACCUUCCGAUUCACAGACACUGACUUCUGCAACCACUCUCCCGUGCUCCCCUGCGGCAUGGGCACAUGCUCUAAGGCGCCUUCCUGGUGGGACGCCUCUGUCCUGCUGCCGUCCUGCAAGUGCGCCUUGAAGCUCCCCUCCUUCGAGCCCACCCACCUCACUGGCCUGCCCUCCUGCUUCCCUGAGGCCUACACGUGUCGCCAGCUCUCCAGCAACCCAUGCGCCCCUGGAGUGUGUAUAGAUGGCUUAGAUGGCACCUACUCCUGCCUCUGCCCUUCGCCCUACUUCCCGUUCGCCUUUUCUCCCAAGGGCACUGCCAGUUGCUCCCUGGUGCAAGCAGGUGGCACUCGAAUGCCAACCUUCCUGUCCCAGUUUGGUCUCACAUGCCCCCUCAUACUUAACACUUUUGGUUUGACACAGACCCAGUUUUUUAGUGAAAACAAGGGCGACACGUGUGACUCCAUCAACGCGCUCUUUGCCACGCAGAUAGAGCCGCUCAACCCCGCGCUCAGCUGCUCCGAUGGGCCACGGCACAGGCAGUUACUCUGCGUGGCGUUUGACCAAGAGUGGUACGACGAAGGAAACACUAACGUAAAGUGCAACCACUACUCACGCAUCACUCCAGCCACACCCUCCAGCAGCCUGCAGCAGACAGUCCCAUACACAGUCGAGAGCGUGCUCAUAAGCGAGCUUGAGAGCCCACAGACCUGCCAGGGGCUGUGGCAGGCCUUCAGCCUCGCCUCUCCCACGCGCUUCUUCCAGCUCAACCCCGGCCUUCCGUGCGACUCGCUGCUGCCUGACAGCCCGCUUCAAGGGAACUUUGUGACUGAGGUGAGUGGGAAGAGUGGACCAGGGAGUGUGGGAGUGACUUUUGAGUCGGUGUAA